CUUGCCAUGCAGAACUCAGCAGCACAAUGCUUUCUCCUUUCUGUUGGGGCUGUUAUUUUUAGCUCUUGUCUGAGAGAAUCUACAGCUCAAUUGGAGCAUGGGGAAAUGUACAAGGGCCUGCAGCUUGAGGCUCUGAAGAGCAUUAUUCUGGAGUACCUGGGGAUGGACGCACCACCUGGGCCUGGUGGAAGAGCUCGUCAUCAGGACCUGGUCAGGAUGUACCGUCAGUAUAGGAGAAUAAGAUUCUUGCUCAAAGGCAAUUCCAGUGAAGAAGAGGAGCUUCAGCCUGGAAGAAGAGCCUCUACGGUGCUCUUUCCCACAACAGUACAGCCUCUGAAUUCUACCAUGGAUUCAAGGCAGCAGUGGUUUAGAGCUGCUUUCUACAAAAACUCAGGCAUUAAACCUGGAGUCAACCUUAAACAUGCGAGGCUGCAAAUCAAGAGACCACACAAGGACAAAAAUACACCGGGCAUGCCAUGGCUUUCAAAAGACAUUGUGGUUAGAAUGCAUAAACCUCCUGGUUUUCAUACGGAGACAGUAUUUCACACUGGGGUCUUGAGCUCUCGGGAUGUUAUGUUGGAUUUGACAGUUGCCGUCAAGAAGUGGCUUAAGGACAGCAGUGCUGAGCUUUUAGUUGUUGAAAUCUGCCUCUUUAAAAAACAAGAAGCGAGUACACAAUCCACGCCUCAGCUUGCUUUACAACUUGACCAAGCAGUGAGGAGAAGACACAGAAGAGCUCUGUUUACCAGAGAAGAAAGUGUUGAGGAUGAAGCUCACUGUAGGCGAAAGUCAUUAAAUGUUUCCUUCAAAGACAUCGGCUGGUCAGACUGGGUUAUCGCUCCCUUGGGCUACACUAUGCACUACUGUGAUGGUUCCUGCCCACACAAUUAUAAACCUGCCAGUAUGCAUACGCAGGUGAAGUCUCGUCUGCAUCUCUUGUCCAAGGGAACGACACCUGCUCCUUGCUGUGUUCCAGCUGCAUAUGAGCCAAUGGUUCUCAUGCACUAUGACAGUCGUGGAAAGUUAAAGCUCACGCCCUUCAACGAUUUGAUAGUUAGUAAAUGCCAUUGUGCAUGAACCACACUGACACAUGUCUCAUGACACUAUUAUCUAUCGAACAUUAUACUCUCAAAAGAGAACAUGAUAAAGAGGCAAAAUAUCUAGCCGAUAGAAUGCAAAUCAAUGCUCUGACGCUCAUUUGGUUACAUUCCUUUGGUUUCAAAAAUAGUUUGGCUUCUUAAGAAAACCAGAUGCCUGUUUUUCUACAUACACUGACAUGUUGAUGGUACUGUAUUUUCACACGAUCGACUUACUGGAAUUUCAAGUUAUUUAUUGUAGCCUAAUUUAUUUAAAAUGUUUUUGUUCUUGUUUGUUGCUGUGUUGUGAAUGAAUCAAGAAAGCUUU